AUGGCGUCCGCGGAGGGACGCCGCUUCUUCCAGGACUCGGAUUCAGAAAGUGAUGGCAGUAGCGCAGUGAAAAUUUUGCGCAAGCCUUGCUUUACUUUGGAUGUGGCAGAUUCCUCCUCGCCUUCCUCAGAUGAACCGCUGGAGGUUCCGCCCGUGGUGCUCCCAGAUAAUGAUGUAGCUUUGGAGAUUCCUGUUGAAAAUUGCAGUGAUGAUGAACUUUUCAUGGGUGUGCGACCCACGGCAACUGGUUCAUCGACGUGGAAGCCUGGCCUAGACUGUGGAACCUUUGUUGGCCGGGUUGGAGCGCAGAGCUUGAGCGCACAGAGCCAGGUGUUGAUAUGCAAUGUGCUGUGCAACAUCGACUGGUUGUCGCGCAGCAUGGUUAAAGCUUGCUUGCAAGCUAUCCGUCCGCAAUGGCAGGCGUCGCUCUCCAAACAAUCUUUCGCGACGCAGCUAGCUGGGUAUAUGCUUGGGCUGCCCGCAAUCACCGUGCAGAAAACGUGGUCAGCAGUGAAGCUCUCUGGAUGGUCUCCAGAGCCUUGGGCAAACCACGACAGCUUUGAAAAUCACUGCGGCGGCGGUGGCCGUAAGAAGAAGAACGUUGCCCCGCCAGUUGAAAGCGACGAUGAAGAGCUUGAAGUCCAACUUCGAAGCGACCCAAAGCAGGAAACAAUGGAGAGGGUGGUCAGCCAGACACGGCACGGUGCUUUGUAUGGCUUUGUGCUUCAUCAGCAGCAAGACCUACCAACCUUUCAGGAACCCAGCUUUGUGGUCUUGCUCAUUUGUUUUCAAGACAUUUGCCGCCCAAUUUCCGAACACAUCCUGACCGUGCAGACAACACUGGAACCGUGGCUUGUACAUAGAGCAGAUGAGAAGUGCCUCAAUUCCAUUGACGAACUGCUGGAUGGAAUUGAUCGAGCUGAGAAUGGUCUUCAGCAGCAGACCGUGGAAGUUUCUUCGUUGCACAUUUAUUUGUUCAUUUAUUUCAUUGUGUGCAGCUGCUGUAUCAAGACCCUGAUGCGUGCAGGUUUGGUUCUUGCCUUUAGCUGUUCCAAAGCAUUCAAGCCUCUGAUGACCCUAUUUAUGUAUUUACCGCAAUUGAUGAUGCAUUCGCCGCCUAUUUUCAAGCAGGUGAAGCUCUCCACUGAUCUUCCUCAGGCCUAUACCAAAGGCCGGGUGCUGGGUCCACACUGCCAGUGUGCAUCCAGGCAUUUUGGGAAGAAGAAAUCGUUGAAUGUGCGUGGGAAGCAGAUCAGGUUGCCUCCGUGGUCGGCCACAUCAUUCAAUGCCAACAGGGAUGCAGGAGACAGCGCUUACCUAUGUCCACGGUUCCAGGAAAGCAAAGUGCCCACUCCAGGGACCUCGAAGCCAGGCACCUUUAGACACGCUGGUGCCUGCAGCCGGUGCUUUGUCCCAAUGGCUCUCUACACAGAUUUCAGGCACAUCAUGCGCGGCCUGUCCUCAGCCAAGGCUUUCGUCAAUUCAUUCAAGGCAGAAAUGUCUGGAAUGCUGGGCCCCGUUGGUGUGAAUGACGGAAUGAUAUCGUUGCAGCAGGCCAUGUCCAGGUGUUGGAACUGGGAACAGCUCAUUGUCAGACAGCCAAUGCUCGCGGAGAUUGAAGCGUUCCAGCAACUUGACUGCACCGGGUCAGUUGCUUUUGCUGCAGGAAGGUAUUGCUUCAAUGCUUUGAAGCCUUUCUUAAAGAAUUGUUUGUGGCCGGGGCCGGAAUAUCCAAUGAAGAGAUACCAUUGGGACCUGGAUGACGAGGAAACCGCACGUCAGUACAAACUGUUGUGUUACAGGGUGCGGCUUGUUGCUCGAGACCUGCUUUUCUUGCAUGCUGCAGUGGUUUGCAGCACUGUGAUGGCAUUUGCUGGCCACGCUGGAGAAACUCUUUGUCCGCCAGGUGCGUUCGCCGAGUUCGAUUGCAAGCCUGGAGACAUUGUGCCAGUGAAAGCCAGGUUACAACGAAAGCGCAAGAAAUCGGCGCAGGAAAUACCAAUGCCAGUGAGGUUUUGCAGGUACGGAUCUGGCAAACGUUUGGUAGAGGUUCUGUCAGACAAUGUUGCAGUGAAUUCUGCUGCAGUCUCCGCAGCCAUUGACGCAAGCCGUUUCUUUGCCAUCGGUGAUAGGCCGUCGAAGAGGACCAGUGCCUGGCACAGUGUGCGAGUGCAUCACCGCUCCCGGCUCCUACGCGGAGCGGAAGCUAUUUGCGAACAUUUGGGCAGCCUAGCCCAUUUCAGUUGGCAAAGUCAACGUGAGGAGGCGCCAGCGCUGGCGAUGUCAAGAGUUCACCUUCUCCAGGCUGAUGUGCGAUGUCUCGGUAGUGUGCGCGACGAGGUCGUGAUUCAGGAGUCAGCCAAAAUACUUCUCUCAGCCAACCUCAACCCCCUGAGGAAAAACAAUCAACAACUCGGGCAGAUCCAGGGGCGCAACAAGAAUUCUCAAGAGUCAGGCCGCAUGCAUGAGUUUGAAUCUGCGGACCUGUCAUUGCCACAGCCAUCAUCUGCGUCAAACCUGAGAAAGAGGACCUCCGAGUUCAGGGCUGAGUCACUGCCAAGCACAUUGCCUGCAGAACUCAAGGCAGUAGUUGACAAGAGCAAAGGCGUAGUCGAAUCGAUGCCUUUGACCGCACUCAUGCAACGUGAUGGCAGGCCACAGAAAAGGAGAAAGGUAGUUCCACGGGGCGCUUGCCUUAACCCCACUUGCCUUAGAAGAGUGGCAGGACUUGGCUGCCGGACCACCAAAAUAAAUGCUGAAGGCCAUUUCGAUUGUCAAGCCAGCGGGAAGAACGCUCGCGGCAUUGCAGCAAGAGCCACAGAGUUCAAAGACGCGCUGCGCGAAGGCGAAGAAAAAAUGAAUAGCUUCGUGACGAAAGUCCUUGGGUUUGAUGAUGGUGCUGCUUGCCCGUGGCGGGCGAUCUAUGUUGGGGAUCGUACAGUAUCCGCCCUGGAGAAAGCCACCGGUGACCCCAAGCUUUUUUGA